AUGAUCGGUUCAACACGUCUUCUGAUUCUUUUCUGCGCCACAUUGGCAACAUCUUCUGCUAUGGGAUGGGUCGGAGGAAACAAUAACGAGCCAACAGGCUGUGAAAGUGAUUGGCCUGAAGAUUUCCCUCAAGAACCGGAAGGAUUCAAUUUCAAAUGCAAGUGUCCGUGUAAAUGCAAACCGAGAUCUACCACUGCUAAAGUUGAAUCUACCCAAGGUGUUACUACUCCAGCAAGCACCAUCAAAUCAUCAACGGUUACAUCGACUACAACACGUGCUUCAACGCCUUCAUCCACAUCCACAUCUACAUCCACGUCGACAUCUACAUCGGCAUCUACGUCAACUUCCGCCACUACUCGUCCUACUGUUAUUGAAACUGAGGUCAAACCCGAGGUACACUUCCAGGAUAAAGGAGCAUCUGUUAUAGGAGGAGAAGUUCCUGUGGCUUUUGAUGAAUCAAGUGACAAUGAUGGUGUGAAUAGCGAAACUGGAACAACAUUCUGGAUAAGAAGUCCAACUCCUCCAAACACUCCAGAGCCAGUUGUUCGCGGAGGAGCUGCUUUCACUGUUGGGGGACCUCAGUAUGUUACAGUGAAAAUCGAUGCUCCCUCUGCUCCAGAUGCUGCACUUAAUCCACAUGAAAUUCCUUCCGGAGAGAUGAACUUUGAUAUCAAGAAUGUUGCAACUCCAAAAGCUCCAAGAGCAGUAGUUGACCCUGAUGCAUAA